AUGUACACUGGAGCCCGAGACCGACGAGCUGGUAUUCUGCAGGUUAUCUCCGUCGCCCUAAGCGGAGGCAUGUUUCUCUGUGAGGAGUAUCGGGAGAGCGACUGCCGGGUUCCAGAGAAAAAACGUCUCGACUGUUCGCGUUUAUCGCUUCUAACCCGUGUCGCCAGCUGUUCAGGGCACCCCGCGUGUUGCGCUGGGGCGGCUGUACUGACUCAGGUGCUCCUUCGACGCUUCCUCUUGGCGUCCAACAGGACCACUGGAUAUACGGGGAGCCAGGGGUGGCGGCGAAAGGCCCGCCCGCGGCCGGAGCGGGGGGCGAACAAGAGUGAAGGAUGGCAUGAAGGCGAAGCAACAGACGCGAACGCGGUGAAAGCCGAAGGACACAGCGUGGGAGACGAGUAUCGAGAGGACGACGGGGAUGUGGUCUACAAAGCGAGAAACACCCAAGAAGAAGCGAGAAUCGACCUACAACGCGAGCACGAACAAAACGCCGCAAAGGCUUGCCGAAGGCCUGCGGAUGCCCCCGCGUCCUUCGCAGCGGUGGAGAAACGCUUCGCGACUGCCUCGGACUCCGUUCCUGACUUGGCCAACACCCCUACGCACCGAGCAUCACGGUCCCCAGCGACUCCCUGUCUGUUCACGCUUCUGCGCACAGCUGCUCAGACCGAGAACCGAAAAACUGCCAGCGUCUUUUUGACCGGCACGAGACGGGGUCGGCGAGAAUCCGUCCCCUGGAGGGCCUUGCAAGAAGCCGGGGACGACGCAGAUGAUGACUCCAGCGAAGGCACCACAACAACCGAAGCUAGAAGUGAGAGAGAUCGCGGGGCGGAGGCGGCGGCCGAGGACAAGGCGAGGCCCAAUACUGGAGACGCAAGGCACGCGGAAGGGACGCAACUGGAGACGCUGGUGUGGAGCCCCGGGCAACUCCCGCGAGCCCGAGGCGGUACAAAUGCCGACGAAGUGCUCUACUCCCAGGAAUGCAGGCGCCGCAACCGAAAGGAGGGGGAGACAGAGAACGCGGAGCCGAGGGAAGAAAAUCCGAACGCUGGUAUGCAGGAACGGUCGACAAAGCGCCCUCCGCUAAGCAGCGGCAAAACUCUUUCUCGUUCUUCCUCUGUUAAAUUGGCGCUUGCGUCGGGUCGGCCUCCGGAGUGUCCUGCCUCCGCCGCUUCCCUGCAAUCUCGCAGGUCGAAAUUCCUGCUUUCGUGCUCCCUCGAGUGCUCCAGCGAGGCAUCUCCGUUUUCGUCAGGCUCGAAUCCCGCCUCCGCUGCUCCAGGGUUUUCUGCGAGCGCGUCUCCCUCGCCGGCUGCGCGUUGCUCGCCUGGCGCUCUGGACUCCCCAGCCCCGGCUACUCAGUCAGUGUUCGAGCGAGCUGAACCCUCCUUCACACAAGCAGCUCAAGCAGCUCAAGCGGCUCAGGAGCUUCGAAAUUUGAUCAAUCGAAGCCGCUGCCCGUUCAUGCCUUCCGUCAUUCUCGCUGCCGCUCACGUCGCCCUCUUCACCGACUCGCGACAAGGCACAGCCUUCAGAGCCCCGAGACGAAGGCGGCCCUCGCGAAGGCGAGCGGCGGGACAUGGAGACGACGAAGGCGACCGGAAGCGGACAGACGACAACCGAUUAAAGAGAGAAGACACCGCCGAAAGAGAAGAAGAAGGAGAGUCGCGCGGCGAGACAACCGACACAGAGGGUAACCGAGCAGGCGAGAAACAGCUCGACGACAGGGAGAAACAAGGCAGCGACGGCGAGAAACAAGACAGCGACGGCGAGAAAGAAGGUGACGACGGUGAAACUGGAGCGUGGGGGCUGACGGUCGUUCUCGACGCUCUUUUGCAGUCUCGAAAGUUUUGGUGGCCAACGACGGACGACGUCGACAUUCUGCGUCGUUGGGCGGCAAGCCCAAACGUGCGCGUUCCGAGGAGCGAUGGCGAGAAACAGCUGUUCCUCGUCUGCUUACGUGACCGCGCUGAACGCCUGGCCUUCUUCCGAGAUAUCCUCGGCAUCCCCAACUCCCUCGGUCGUUCCUCGUCUCCUGCCGCUCUGCCGUCUUCAACUUCGACGCCAUUUCCACUGCCCGCUGCAGCCGCUUCCGCGUCGCAGCUGGGGUCCGGUGUUUAUGGCGCCCACCCGGCGUGUUUGGGAACUCUCCCUUUGUCCUCCCGCUGUUCCGCCGCUGUGCUCUGUUCACAUGCUGCUUCUUCCUCGGCUGCUCCAGCAUGUUCGUCUCUCUCGCGCGCAUCAGUCGCGCCUGCUCUGGGUGCGUCGCCACCGUUCCCGUGUCUGUCUUUCUCUUUCACUUCUCGCGAAGGAAAUCGCUUUCCCCUGCUACCCUUCGUUGUCGCCUUCUUUCUGCCUAUGCGGCGUGCCGAGCGUCGCGGCCACCCUGGUCAUGACUGCCUCGCAAAAGGCCAGCCGACAGCGGCGCCGGCCUAUGAUAGAUCAUCGCCUCGGUCGUCGCUUACUCUCGCUCGCUACCUCGUCGCCUGCGUUGCCGAGUCGCUCCGACGGGCACCUGGACGCGACUGGCGUGCGGCCAGCCCGCGGACCACAGACCAGGAAGAGCGGCGCGAAUGGGGACACGUCACGGGCGUAGGAGACGGCAAAGGGACACGGAAGGCGCCACCGGCUUCUUCGUGCGAUCCACACGUCGCGCAUCCGCGGCGCAUGACCGCAGACGAAUCUCCAACAGGUCUCGCGGGAGUCGAAGGCGUGCCACUGGACACUCGCACCACACGAGCAGGAACGCGAAAGAGCAAAAUGGAAAAGGAAGAGGAACGUGGAGAGCGACCGCAGGACACCCGAGCAAGGGGCGCUGGCGGCACGGACGGGGCGGCCUCGGCCCUGCCGUGUGUUCGUCUCAAACGGACGCGCUUCAGCUUCUGGUUCCCCCCCUGCGUCGCCAGCACGGGCCAGUCCACCCGCGCAGAAGAGGACGUUCGAGGCGUUGCCUCGCGAGCCUGUUUGUCGGCGGCUCCCAAGGCCCGGUCGAUUUUUUUCUUGUUUGGGGCCUCUGCGUUUGCCCCCGGGUUCCCGGCUGGGUGUCCCGCGUCGUCCGCAUCCGUUCAGCGCCUUUCGUCGGCCUCCGCGGCGUGCAACCCGCUCUUCGCUGCGCGCAGUGUGGUGGAGCGAAGCGCGACGCCGGGAAGAUAUAGGAAGGAAGCGGAUACCGAGGAAAGCAAGAAACGGAGGGCCAUCGCGUGUUUCGAAGAGGACUACAGCUGCGGCGAGGAGGCGCAUGUAGUCCUCUUUCGCCUUUUUCUUCGCCUCCUUCCCAGAGCGGAAGAGGACGAGGGCCGUUCCCCUCUUUGGCACCCCAUGGCGAGUCGCCCCCAGACCUCGCCCCCCCACCAGCAGAGCCGCAACACUUGCCCACCUUCCCGCAUCACCUCCGCAGUUCCUCGUCUUCCAUGGGAGUCGCGCCCCACUUGCCCUGUGCCCUGUGCGCUUCUUUCCGCCUCUCCGUCCUCGCCUUCCGUCCCGCUGUCGGCGAGUGCCUGCCGUUCUUCCCCUGCCACUGGAUCGGCCUCCGUGGCUGCAGGCGACUCGUUUCCUGGCGCCGUGCGACCGCUGCAGAGCUUGGGAGCCUGCGCCGCGUGGCUCGAGCGCCGGCACGACGACGCGCGGGCGGCCGCCCUGGCUGGACUCCUUUGGCUUUGCUGGGCGGAGGAGAGACGAAGAGACGGGGCGCGCGGAGACAGCGUGGAGGGGCGGCGGCGAGACAGGCGCUACGCCGCACUUUCAGACGUGGGAGACAGCGACGAGAGGCAACGGCGAAGCGACGAGGCGCCGAGACGAAGCAGCGAAGACUGGCGGGAAACGGCGGCUUCGCCGAGGACGGAAUCGUGGGGAGAAGAAACCCUGAACGAGGACGUAGGAGCACGGCCAGCUCACGCGCUCUGUGGCGCUCACACGAGGCGAAGCGCCUUGCAAGCGACGCUCUCUGACGAGGAAACGGGCCGCCGCCCUUCGGCGUCGCCGCUGGCUCUGGCUGACUCUGGUCUUCGCUGGCCUGCCUCGCACAGCCCCCCGCCGCACACCGCUUCUCCAUCUUCCUGCCGUUCGUUGUCUUCUUCCCCUUCCGCAUCCCUGUUUGCUUUCUCUUUGGGUGCUGCGUCGUCGACGUCUGCGGCGCCCCUCGCGGAGUCUUGGAAUGUGCGGCGUGGCGGGCGGACGUGUCUCUGGGCCUCAGCAGUCUCCCUCCAUCUUCUCGCAGGCAACCGCCAGCUGGAGCCGUUCGCGUUCGUGGCGUUUGUCCUUCCCGAAGCGUUUCUGGUGACCGCUGCUCAGCGGCGCGUGCAGAGUGCUGCGCAGAGCCUCGGCGAAACAGAACGGACUUGCACUCGGACUCUUGAGGGCGCAAAGGCGCGUGCCGACGAGACACGUAUCUUCAGAAAGGCCGGCAGCCCCACCCAGAGCUUCUCGGCCUGGCGAAGAGACAGCGCGCCUGGAGGGAGAAUCGCUCCAGGGGUUCACGCUCCGGAUCGGUGCCCGCGGAGCCUGUGCGUUUGCGGUGCACGCCGGGAACUGGCCGCGCAUGGUCGGCUGGGAAGGAAGCGAACGUUGCGGAGGCAGUUUGAGGGAAGGUGCGGAGAAGCCGUGGCCUCACGGUGCUGGUGGGACCAGGACGGCGGGCCAAGGAGUGAGUGGACAGAUGCGAAUGGAAGCAAAGAGCCCAGAAGAGGUCGGAAAGAAGCGCAUGGCGAAGCGGACGGGAGGGAGGGAAAUACGGCGGGCGUGAGAGCAGGCGGGCACCGUCGAGCUCACGCCUUAGGGCAGGGAGUGCUUUUCGUUGAGAGAGAAGACCUUGACGCCCUUCGUUUCUGCUGGCUUCACCUCCUGCGCGAAUCAAGCGCCCAGUGGGAAAAUGGAGGCAGCGACGCCGCCUCGCCGCUUGGUUCAGCCUGGCCGCCUGGAGCAGAAGGAAGUCGUGCGGCUCCGAGUGCACGCAGCGAGCGCCAGGAUGCACCGCGAGGCGGCGACGAGCACCCACGGACGACAAGGAGAGAAAGGACGGAGACGGGACUCUUCGAGGCGAGCGAGACGGAGGCGACGGCAGACGAGGCGGACCGCAAGAGCGAGGAUGGAGCUGGAGACAGAGACUGGGAUCCAGAACUCGGAAACAGAGACGGAACGGCCGAGAGGGACAGAGGACGCGAAGGCGGGUGGAAGGGAGAAAGCGCGAGGAAACGCUCCGCUUUCUGGAGAGAAUGUGUUUCGUCUUCAGUGGCACAACACGUCACGGCAACUCUCUCACACUUCGCCGAUGUGUUUGACCUCACACCCAAUCCUCUCUAUCGCGAGUUCCUCCUCCUGCGCGGGCGCGAGGGAAACGGCCCCUCAACCCCAACACAGAUCGCCGUCCUGGUGUGCAUCGGAGCCGCGCGGCUUCGCCUCGCCUCCCCCGAAAGCCAACGCUACCUAGCUGCGUGGAUCGACGCGGCUCUGUUUGACCUCUCUGGGGCCGCUGGGCCUCGUCCCAGAAAGCGCGAAUGUUGCUGGCUCCUCGCGAAGAGCAAGCAAGGGAGCCGCCGGCUCAGGCAGACCUUCGCGGCGAUCCGCAGGCGAUGCACCGAGGCCCGACACGGCGCAGCAGCUGAGGAGCCUGGAGCGCCUCCAGCGGGACGCGGAGACAGAAUGGCCUUCGUAGGCUCACGGCCCGCCUGCCAAAGCACGCCAGAAAGGGAGGCAAAGGCAGCCAGUUCCAAGCUGAAACCCGCGGGGCGGAGAGCCAGAGAACCCACUGGGGGUCCAGAUCUCUUCUCAACCGCGCAGCUGGAGUUCAUCGAGAGCCUCUCUGUCCUUCUCCUCCUGUCCCUGCCGGUGGACGCCCCACGAAGUUUUGCUGGGCUUGCCUCUGCUGUCGCCGCUUCCCCUCCCGCCCGUUCGGCGGCUUGGCCCUGCGCGUGCCGCUUUCCGACCUCUUCUUCCGCUUUCCCUUGCCUCCCGAGUGCGGAGUGUUGUCCAGAAGAGAGCGCGAAACGGAGAGACGAAGCAGGUGUCGAGAGCGGGGGAAACGGCGGGGCGGUGAGCAAGAGCCGCCAGAGACGGAGAAUGCUACCGAGUCCGCUAUCCAAUCAGGAACGAGGAACCGACGACGAAGAGCGUCCGACCAAGGCGGCCAGGGGAGGGGACCCCAGGGGCGAAAGAGGGGAAGAGAGAGGACAAGAGGGAGGCGCGCCUCUGCCGACCUCUUUGCAUGUGCAUCACCCUGGGCCAGCGACAAGUGAAGCGGAGACGUGGCAACUCGAACGAAUGGCCAGGGCCGUGGACCAGGAAAGCACCGACGAAUGGGGCGAACGAGAAGCAGAGAGAGGGGCACGUAUGUCCGAAGGCGCGAACGACGGCAAACGAGGAAACGGCGACGAAACGGAGACGACAGCACGCGAUUGCGGCCGCGAAAGAUCCAAGCAAGGGGCAAGCGAAACUGGCGAGCCGUCGCGCGUACGACGGGACGCGGCAGACGUGAGGCCAAGGUUCGAACACUUUUUCCUGUCUCCAUGUGAAGCAAACACAGAAACGCGCGAGCUCACGCACAGCGAACACCGGCCAGAAGGCACUGGAAAAGGCACAACCCCAGUUGAACAAGGGGAGGACCAAACAUCCGGUGGACUGCAGGAAAGGGAGCAACUCCUCAACCGGCGCCGAGGCGCCCAGGCCUGCUCUCCGAGCGCCUGCAUCCCCACACUGCUUCUCGACCUGUACCGAGGCAACCCGCUUUGGAGAGUGCGAAGAAAGGCUUUCCCGAUUCUCAACGAACGUCUCAUUCGCGCCGCGCCGUUCUUUGCCUUUCUGCUUCUUGAGGCAGAAGUAGAUUCCCUCCGGACAUCGGCGAGCUGUGACGUGCACUGCGUCGCCGGCCCAGCCUCGCCUCUGCCGGGGACACCUCGUCUCCCUCCCGACUGCGCUUCUCCUCCUUCCUCCUGGGGUUCUCCCUCACUUCUCGCCCCCAGUGGGGGCGCGACGGGCCCAGCUCCACCGCCCGAGCGCCUCGAGAUCGCCCUCGCUCUCGCCUCGCGGCUCUUUCUCCACAUUUCAAGAGAGGUACAGACCUCGGCGCUCCUCGUCCUGCUUCUCCCGAUGUCCGUCUCCCAGCUCUGGCGUCUCCUGCGGCACGCGGUUUUGUCUCCUCUCGGCGGCUGUGUCUCUUGCGAGAUCGGUUCGGGGAGUCCGCCGACCGCCUCUGAAGCCCCGCACACAAACGGCGCCACAGAGGCUUCGCGCCUAGACAAAGAGAGCCGCCAGGCAGAGGCGCAGUGGGGAACGGAGGAAGAAAGCGUUUCGUCGCGUCAGCGGAAGCACAGUAGCGCGAGGCCUCUACAGGCGAACAGAGGCGCUAACGCUUCUGCGUCGGCUUCUUUUUUCCGCAGAUUGUUCUUCCGGCAAGACACCGGUUCGAAGAACGCGGGGACCCAGACGGACUCGACCGCAAACCCCGGUGUCGCGCCGCCAACGUGUAAGCGCACCGCCCUCAGUCUUCCACAAGGUUCCAUGGAUCCCUCUGGGACGAGUGUGGCCUCACAACCCGUGGGAGCCGCCUCGCGUCUCCCUCUUGCAUCGGUCGGUUCGUUAACUGCGGCAAGAGCUGCCGUGCCAUACUCUCCGGCAGGCGGCGUCUCGUUGCCUUCUGACUCUCCACCCUCGAGCCUGGCACGCAACCCGGCUUUUCUUCGAUGCUGGCCACAGUGCCGCGAUGUGGCCGCUCAGGCGGUGUCGGCGAGUUCAGCCUUGCUCGAGCUUCUGGACAAAACUCACUCACUGUUCGUUUCUUCUCCCUCUGCCUCUCCUCCCUCCACUCUUUCUUCUCUUUCGUCCACUCGCUCUUUCUCUGUCUCUUCCUCCCUUUCCUCUUCUGUUUCCUCGUCUCUGGCCUUUUCUCCCUCCUGUGCCACUGCGUGUUCCGCCCUUGCCUCGGCUGCUUCCUGGGAGUCUGUCCUGCCCGCGAGUCGCCUGGGCGCCGCAGCGCCAGAGUUGGGCGAAGGCCGCGAACCCAGCGCGUCGCGAAAAAGGGACGAGACGCACGUGGGGAGGGGCUGUCCUGACACAGAACGCCUGCGACGGCAACAGGAAUGGCAGAUGCGGAUUCUCCUUUCCCACUUUUCGCGCGCCCUCAGGCGCGCCUUUCUUCUCGACAAAGUAGACUCGUGUGCAAUGGAAAGAAACGGCAAGGCCGACGCAGCUGCCGACACCGUCUCGGCGGUGGGGCUCGAACGCGGCGCCAGAGAGUCGCAAGAGCUGGGGAAAGACGAGACGAAGCAGGGGACAACGGACGCUACUCGACGAGACGAGAUCCGGAGAGGAACCGACGGUUUGACGGGCCCGCAGGACCAAGAAAAGGGCGAACCCCCCAGCUCCGGGGAGGCGAUACGCUUUCCGAAAACGGCAGAUGGAGACGGUGUGCGAGAGACCGUGCAUGAGCUUCAGGCCGGACGGUCGAUAGCCAACCCCACCUUGGAGCCUCUGCGCGAUGGCCACAUGCAGAACGGGAGCGACAACGUCGGCGAGCCAGCCGACUCGCCUUGGGCUUCCGAGACACCCCUGGACGACACGCUCGACGCUCUCCCGUCUCUGCCUUGUGUUACUGCGCUCGCCCCUCAGUGUCUCUGGUGGACUGUCUCCCAACUGUCAAAUGCUCCCCUCUUCCGUUCUUCGGUUCAUGCUACUUUGUCCACCCAAGGCUCUGCCUCGGUUCCCCCUCCGGCGUCUGCUUGCGCUCCCUUCCCACUCCCUGCUGCACUUUGCGGGGGCCCGCCAGCUUCACCUGGUGGUGCGCGUCGUCUUUUCGCAUGCUCGAGAGACAGCCUAGAAGGGCCACCUUCGCGCCCCUCGCAUUGGGCGCGUCACCACGCUCUCGGUUUCGAUUCCCCUGCCUCGUCGAGCGGUGUUGCGUUCGAGUCCCCGCCGUCGUCUAUUCCCGUGCCUAUGCCGCCCCCAUUUCUCCAGGAGGUCAGCAGAGUGAGAGAGCACCGCAGCACUCCGGGAGGGUCGAAUGCAUGCGAAGCCAGUACGCUGUCGACCGCAAACGUGAGACGACUCCUCAUGGCCCUCUCCGGGGCUUGUCGCCUUUUCGUUCACCACCUGGAAGCGAUCGAAGAGGCGGCGCGAGACGGGCACCAGCCGAAGAAGGCCGUCGACACACAGGCCACCGCAGCGAGAGAAGACGCCGGCGGCGAAGGCGAAAACGCCGGACACGAACUGAAGAACGAAAUGGGUCCACGGAAUCUAGCCGGCAAAGAGACAGCAGACAGCGAAGAUGACAGCGCAGCGACAACCUCGAGGAUCGCCCAGAUUUGUGGCCGCCGCGGUGACGCGUGCACCCGCUCAGCGUUCCAGGGAGACGAUGAGAGAGACCCGCAGGGAGACCAAGCGGCAGAAAACGAAGUCCACAAAUCGACAGUCAGACAUGACGCGAGAGAAGCAAACCAGAGCGUUGGAGAAGACGAAUUGAUGGAGAUCCUCCGGCUGCUCAUUCACACACCCGUGUUGCCCGCAGGAUCCGUGAGCUCGCAGUACUGUCACAUCUCCCAGGCGAAAGGCGACCUUCUCAAUCAAGCCUUUCCUGGCAUCACUGGCGCCAGUCCGGCUUCGCAUCCUUCCUCGCCUUGCGAUGCGCUUGCCUCCUCGCCUUGCGAUGCGCUUGCCUCCUCGCCUUGCCGUUCUCGCCUCCCGUCAUCUUCUGCGUCUCGCAUUCCCUCCCCUGAGCGACCGGGUUCUCUUCCUAGUUAUCCUUCGCUACGCGCCUGCCUCUGCUUUGGCGACGCUGGCAGUCCCAGCGGCACCGGCAGCGCGCGUCCAAAGCGCCGCGAACAUUGGACAGAGCAUUGGGACGCCCGCGCGACCCCCGACACGAAGGCCAGAGAAGAGGGAGGCGCUUGGAGUCACCGCCAAGCCGCAUCGCCCUGUGCCUGCGGGGUCGGGUUCUUCUGGGACUGGAGUCCUGAUGAGGAAGUGCCUGUCCUCGUGCGGCGACAAGCCCGAAGCAGGCAGCCAGGCUCGCCGCCCCGGCAGCACAGCUGGUUUCUUUCCCACGCAGCUGCUUCGCCUUGCCUCGGCCGUUCUCUUCCCUCGACUGCCACAGAACGCCCCCCCAAGGACUUCUCCCCGUCGCCGGCGUUUCCGUCGCCCACGACCACACCCCACGAAGGAGCUCGUGUCGGCCUUGCGUCCUGCCGGCAUCCUCUGGAGUUCGUUGCCCACUGGAUCGUGCUGCAGGCCUCGCGCGUGGUCCGGCGGAUCUCGGAGUCGUCUUUCGUCUCCUCGUCUUCCACGUCGCUGCCUCAGGCUUCCUCGCCGUCUCCCACCGUCUCCGCUCUUUGCAGCCCUUCGAGUCCACCGCCUCUUUCCUCCGAUGCUUCGCGUCUCCACUCUCCAGCGCCUCACCCCGCCGUCGCUCUCUCUCCGUCAUCUGCGUCGUCAUCUUCUCUUGACUCGCUCUUUGACAUGCUUCUUGAUGCCGAGGCUCCGAUCGCGCGACUCCUCCCUCUGGUGCAUGCGCUACGCAUUGAGACGAGGAGCCCGUUUCCGUUCGCUUCCCUUCUGCGCCGAACCCUCGCGGGCAUCCGCGUGUUUGUGCCUCUCCGACAGCCGCUGCCGUUGCCGCCGUCCGCGAGAUUGUCUGCCUCGUCGUUGCCGUCCGUGUGCCAUCCUCUGUCCCCUAGCGGCCGCACUGGAUGUCUCCCCGCCCUCGCGCCGCCUUCGCCUCCUUCCGUGUGGUCCGCCGGUGUGCCUCAGCCGUCGCCAGCUUCGCCACCGGAAUCUGGAAAGUCGCUCCUCUUUCCCUUUUUUUUCGACGACCGGACGACGCCCUCUCCCUCCAGCGCGCUCCCGACGCACCUUCACCAGGCGUCUACGUCUCCGUCUCUCGGAAUGACGGUCACAGUCCUUCUUCCUGAUUUGCUUUCGCGUUUCGACGUUGGCCGCUGGAGAGCCGGACUGGACGAAGGCCACGCAGACCCCUCUCGACUUUGCGAGGAGAACCGGGCGAGCGGAGCGAGAGACUCGCGGUGCGAACCAGAGAGUGCACGGCACGCCCUAGAGGAGCAACGACAAGGCAGGCACACUGGCGCCCGAGGCGGAGACUCAAAUCACGGAAGCAUGCCAGAGCCGCAACCCACAGACGAGCCGACGACGCGGAGACAGGACAAAGAGGACGACGAACACCAGCGCGACGCCGGAGACAAACCAACGGACUGGAAAGCGCACGCAAAGCGCGGACAAGAGGAAACACGAGAACUCCUCGUUUAUGUCGCAAUGCGCCUCCUGCAUGAGACGCUCCGCCUCGCUGUGCUGCGCGCGAAACAAAGCCAAACGAGGGGCGCAGGGAGAUUGUGGGGGCGAAGCGAAGCUGCGAGCGGCGCGUCGAACGCUGCUAGUCCUUUCGCGUUAUCCAGUCCCUGCGGAGACAGCCUGUGGCAUCCAGAAAGGUUUCGCUCACCGUCCACUUCCGCAACGCCUCCCCCGAGCCCCGCCGUCCACCCCAUUCCCCUUCCCGCCUCUCCGAAGUCGUCCGUGACUGCGGACCCUGCCGCGGCACCAGCAGCUCGUUGCCGCUCGCUCGUUGCCUCCCUGUUGCCUUCUCCAGCGCCCGCGUCUCCUUUGUCGACAACGCAUCUGCUUCCUGGCCUCGUUAACGAGACGUUCCUGAACAUCGAGGAAACGUACAGAGUGUCCUUGAGGCACUUCCUCGCUCUCUUUCCCAGCCGCCCGCCCGCGUCGUCCGCCGUCUCUUCGCGGCCUGUCCGCGCCUCCGCUCCGCAGCCAGCUGGCCGGGCGGCUCCGGCCCCAGUCGCGUGGCUGCACAGAUCCUCGUCUGCGCUCCUCCGCUCCCUGCUUCCGCUUCUUCUCUCCCACGCGCUUCCCUGUUCUCUCUUCCACCCGAGCUUCCCGCCUGAGCUUCUCCGCUUUCUUCUCCGGUUUCUUGGCGCCCCACCAGAAACACCUUCUCACAUUGCCGCUCGCACCGCGUGUGGCGAAGGAACAUGCAGUCGCUCGCCUCUUUCCACGCUCUGCGCUCAGCACUCCACGGCGACCUGUGGCUCUGAGCCAGCUGGAUCCGUCUCUCCUUCUUCACCGGUUUCUCGUUCUUUGCACUACCUUUUCUCGAGUCCUGCGUCGCGUCCUUCUACUCGUCCAACACCGCCUGACGAUCCUCUCUUAGGUACGCUUUCGCGAAUGCACCCGCCGUCGCCCCUCUCUCGAUCCAUGGCCGCCUUCAUUCUCUCAGUCUUUGCUCGCGAGACUCUGACAUGGAUCCUUUUCCAAGAAGAGGAGCAGCGCGACGAGGCAUCGCGAGCCCCCAGGAAGCAACGUAUCGGCGACGGCGCACCCCGAGAUGCGCCACGAGGGACAACGGAACGCGUCUUCCAGCUUCCAGGGACCGUCUCCCCUGGCCACCAAGAAGGCGUGCAGAAAGCCAGAAUGCAACACGAAACUGGAGGCAAAUCUCCGGUAGCUGCAACGCUCGACGACGGCCAACAGCCCGGCUGCGUCGGUGCGAUGGCCGAACGCGCCGACGCAGAGAGCGAAGCCUGCGAGCGGCGGAGCCUUCAGAAAGUCCUUUUCCUCGUUCUCCUGGUUCUCGCCCUUCGUCGGCUUUUGUCCCCAGAGCUGUCCAGGGUUCCGACGAACAGGACCGGAAAAACGGCUAUGGCCGCCAACACACUCCAUGAACACGAUUCGCCCCCGAGCUCCCCGCAUGUCGAAGGCGCGUGCCCGCCGAAUGCGUCACCUUCACCUUCGCGUGUCGCUUCGGAUCGAGCAUCUUCGCCUCGCGCAGCUGCGGCCUUUUCGCCGCCCUUGCUGGAGCAGAGGAAACGCGAACGAGGGCGAAAGGAGGCGUCUUCCCGUGACGUCGCAUGCCGUUUGCUUGCGCGCUUUCUGGCUACUCUCGUGCUGGCGCGAACUUCGGAAGCCCCUGACGGAGACGCAGUGCAGACAGGCUUCGCAAGGGAAGCGUGCACAGGAUUCGUCGCUGAAAUGGGAGCGAAGUCUGGACACGGCACGACGCCACAAACGACGCGGAAUCACAUGAGGAAAGACGUGACGUUCGCGAACCAGCUGAUCUACGUAUGCGCCGUUUAUGGUCUCUCUCCCCUGUCACCCGUCGACUGUAUGUACACGCUAGCACUGGGGCUUCGACAGGUUCUCCACCCUGGCCUUUCGCGCCUCUCCAAAUCCACGGGGUUUCGCGUUUCGCCGGCAUGUUCUUUUUCGUCAUCGGAGCGCUCCUAUUCUUCUUCCUCUCUCUUGUCCCUGUCCCCGUUCUCGGGCUCCGCUGCCUUCCACGGCGGCGUCUCCCUCGCUUCCUGUCAGACGCCUCCCGCGAGUCCUGCGGCUCUGCGCGCAGCCGCCGGGGGCUGCGCCUCCUCGCCUGAAACGCCGGAAAAGGCUCUCCGUCGCUGCGAACAUCUUCUCAGCCUCGGAUCUCUCGCCAUUCGACAGAGACACGGAAGGCCAGAGAACAACGGGGCGCGGGGGCCAGAGGCAGCAACUCCCUCUCAGGCAGAGCCGCACGGUUGGCCGCCGGACGACGAGGCACAUUUCGAGAGCGAGUCACUCCGUUCUGCGCGGCUUCUCAGACAGCCCCGCGCGCGAGCGCUCAUCGCCGAAGGCGCCGUUUGUUCGCCGACCGAAGGAGGAGAAGACCGAACCCCAGCAGGCGCGGGCAGAGGAGUGGAACGAGCAGCCGUCGACUCGAGUGCGCGCAGGGGAAACGCAACCAAGAAGCACGCGGGGUCACAGGCAAAAGGGCGGAAAAGCGGAGAAUCGCAACGCGGCUUCAAAUUCAGCUUCACCCACCCGAGCUCUUCUUCUCUCUUCGACUUGUCCCCGUCCGCGUCGUCGCGCACGUCGGAGGAGUCGCCCGCGAAGCCGAAGAUUCGCGCACGCGUCGCAGGCGCCGCGGAGGGCGCCCAGCCACCUCAGAGAGCCGGCGCCGCUCCAGAGGCGGAGCGUGAGCGGCGAGAAACGGACGCUCGCGCAAAACCUGGCGAGACGCGGCACGGACCCUUAGCGGGGACGGUCAACCGAGAAGCCGAGGACGCGCAAGGACGAGCCCGAGAGACGUGGAAGGAACAAAUAGGCUUCCGCAGGAAGGAAGGGAAAGACCAAGAGAGGCAAUUCUGUGGGGGCCUGGAAGGCCACAACCGAGCAGCUGUGCGGACAGAGAACCGGAACGGCAUCGUGCGUGCACAGACGCAAAAAGGCGAGAGACAGAGAGAUCGCAGAGAGCCGAACCAAGGCGCUUCGUCAGUCGCGAAGACCGAGGACAGAGGACCUCACUCGGGACGGGCCCAGAGCGCAGAAGAGACACCAGGACAGGAAACGACGGGCGAAGAACCAGAAGCGGGACGUCAAGAGGAACGUGGUAAACAAAGUUCCCCCGACAUCGCCACGGAAGCGAUUCGAAACCUGCCCACCGAUAUUUCUGACACGAUGAAGGAUCGUGAAACAGUCAGCGGUCCCUCUUGUUGGCGAGAAUGUUUCCCCCUGGCGCCAUGUCGCAAGUGUGCUGCUGAUCCAGACGGUGCCUUCCCCCUCGCCGGCAGAACGCUGGCUCUCAGUCCUCGCUCGCUGUCUACCCCGCCCCUCUGCUCCGCCUUUGCACCGUUUUGUUGCGUGCCUCCGGCCGCUGCAACGGACGCGAUGCCUUGCCAGAGCCUCCGUUCGGCUUCUCGCCUUCUUGGUUCGCCUGCGUCGUCCGCUGUGCUCGAGAAGGAUUUCGAUUCGGUCGAGACCGGCCCUCGAGACCCGGCGUGCCGCAGGCAACCGCAGAUGGUCUCGGAGGUGUAUCAGCAGGCGCCCGUGCCUCUCAAGCCGUCGGGGACGCAGGGGUGUUUUCUCGACGCAUCGCGUGUUUCUCCCGCGUCUGCGGCGUCGCCCGUUUCCUCGCCACUCGCCAGCCCGCCCCCCGCACCCGACUCAGUGGCGGCUAAACCCCGUGCAGAUUCCGCCUCGUUCCGGUCGUCUUGCGAGGCUCGCGCAGGCGGUUGGUCUGCCGUGUCCACGCAGGUCCCCACGCGGGGGUUAGCGCCCAGACGCGGCUGCUUGUCCCUGUCAGCCGAGGGCGAUCUUGGAGUUUUUCGAGAUCCGUCUUGUCGCUUCCACGGCUCGCCAUCUGUCUGCGAUCACGGCCCGACUGCGGGUCCAAAGCCGGACGAGUCCCCGCAUGGAGGGAGAGACAAAACGCGCUGUCAAGAGCGAGACGAAGGCUGUGACGCAGACCCACGGGAAAAAGAGGGCGAGCAGCCGACGGAGGGCGAAGGUAGCCAGGGGCCUGACGGCGUGCGAGACGCCGGUGGAGAAGCCGCCGACAACGAAACAUGUGCCGGUCUAGGUCACGCAGAGAGAAACGGCCUGGUCAAAGAUGGUGGGGAGCUUGGAGAUACGAAACCGGGCGUAACUCGCCAGGGACCAGAAGACGAAAACGUAGGGACGGGCAAGGUUUGCGGACCAAACCACGACACGGAGGAGCUGGCAGAAGAUGGAGAAGGACAGAGCAGAGGCGCGAGAGCUGAGAGGCGUGCCCGAAGCGAAGAACGCGAAGUGCGGGCUAUCGGGCAAGUCGACUCGAAGAGAGAAGGAAAUCCGCCGAACGAGAAGUCAGGAGGAACAAGGGUUGGAGAGGCGACGGAAACGAAGGGAGCGACGGGCAUGACGAAGGAGGCAGAAAAUGAGGGACCGCGAGAAACACGUGCCCGACCAUCGGCGAAAACGCCUCACGAACAAAGGAAGCACGGCAUUGUAAGUUUGCGACAGCCGGUUCCCGUGGACGCCAGGUGUACCCGCAAACGCCACGGGACGAGCGCAGAUGUAGAGGAAGCCGGCGAGGCUGUUCGCAGGCAUCAGGCAAGUAUCACAACCGAAGCGCUACUGAGAGCGGGUGCCGACAGGCGAAGCCUGUCAUCGCGAUCCUGCGAACAAGAACGAACGCAGACCGAGCAGUCAGCCGCAAUCGCUGAGAGAAGCAGAAAGGAAACCGGGCGAGGCCCCGGCCAUAGAGGUCGAAACGCAGAGACUGCAGGGGCGAAUUUUGGAACAUGGUAUGCUCUGCCCACCAUAGCAAAACGCGUAGCAGACACCCACGAGCGGUGCGGAGAACGCGCAAGUCCCCGUUACCCAGACGACACGGUGCGCGAGCCUGCGGUUCCGCCCACAAGGGACGAGGAAGUACCGCAGAUGCUGGCCUGUCAGGUAGGCAGCCCGACGCGGUCCCCACGGCCGCAAUGGCUCAGCAUGACGGGACACGCAAGCGAGGAACCAGUUGUCACACGCGAAGAAACCACGAUUCCGGAAGCGCCCAACACACACUCACGUUUCCAGAUUCCACGCGACACGGCGGUCUGUCGCGUGAAACUGAGACCGUCGCCAUGCGUAGACACAAGCCGAAAGCUGUCGGCAGGACUCGCCUGCAGUCGGUCUGAAGACGGGGCUCAGACCUCUCGUUUCGGAGCGGCUCUGGAGUCUCCCGUGCGCGAGCAGGAGACCCGGCGCCGUUUGGUCCGAAGUCUUCCGCGGAAUGUCCUGGACCGGAGCAACGGCCUUGCGUCGGUUGUCGCUCGUCGGGGACGGACGGACGAUACGGCGAAGAGGCUUGCGCCUCCCGCUCGCCCCUCAGGGGAGAGGAACUGCCGAGGCGAUUUUUUCGGCCACGCGCUGCCGGAAAGCGAAGAGGGCGGGACACAGAGUUGUCUCCCCAGCGACGCUUCCGUCGCCUCGCACGUCUCGCCUGGGGAGCAAACAAGUGCCCGAGAGUCGCGCGAGAGUGCACAGAUUCGAAACGGGAGCCCGAGACGGGGAGCAAAGGCAAAGCUGAAGAGUGAAACCGCGCAGGCUCAGCCUUGCCACGCAAGCGCUAGUGCAUUCUUCGUUGGGCUGCAGGUGCGGGGGGAAGGCGACGACGGGCGUGUGGUGAACCUUCCGUUUAAAGCCCCAUCCAGGGUUCGCGAGGAACAGAAGAGAUCGGGGAGCGGUGGGAGUUGGUUGGGAAGUUUCGAGAACGACACAAAUGCCCACUGGUUCAGGGCGACGGCGCAUGAGCGGAGGGAGGUGACACCACGACAGGCGUGCGGGAAAAAUGUUCUUUUUCGAGUUGAGCAGACAGCAGCGGAAGGCGAGGGGUCUGGAGCUGACCGCGGGUUGGAGAAGCGUCAACAAAAAAACAGAACUGACGGAGAUCGAGAGGAGGAGCCUGGACGCAUGCAAGGCAAGGUACAGCUGUCCACGUGGAGAGAAAGAGACAGCAGUCGCAGCGAUGUUGCCGCGAGAACGAGGAACGCGCGAGACAAGGUUAGGAAGGCAAACGCUGCAGGCGGGACGCGCCAAGGCGAAAACGCAGCGGAGAAACAGGCAGAGAAGAAAGAGAGAGAACCACACAAGAGUAGAAACGGAGGAGAACAGAGCACACACAUUGGAAAACGAGAAAGGACUGAAUCUGCGAUGAUGCAUCUACGAAGCUGUGAGCAAAAGGAACAAGCUAAGAUGUCGACACUGGGGAGCGAAGAUCCACAAGGCAACGGGGGACGCUCGGCGAGCCGUAUCCAAGAGGGCGAGGCGUCAGGGAGGAGCCCAAAGGAAGUCAAAGGCGACGCGAGGGACCAGAGACUCCCGUGCAUCUCUCGACUUGUCUGA